ACAUCGUUGCGACCAAAACGACUAACCCGACGGUCACUGACACCGACAUGGCAAUACCGACACCGGGCAAUUCCGAUCCAAAAUUGGGUCACAAGGAGGAAGGUAGGACCGUAUGCAUACACAGUCUGGCCGUUUUGCCGCAAUACCAGAACCGGAGUCUAGGCAAGACAUUAAUGAAGGCGUAUUUGCAGCGCAUUGAGAGCCAUGGCGUGGCUGACCGGGCCGCGCUGAUUGCGCAUGAGCAUCUCAUACCAUUUUAUGAGAAGUUAGGCUUCGAGAACAAGGGCCCAAGUAAGGCGCAGUUUGGUGGUGGAGGGUGGUUUGAUAUGAUCAAGGAACUGCACCCUGAGAAUGCGCUGAGUCCUUGAUUCGCGUGGCGAGCUGGAACUCGGUACCAGAUGACCAAGCAGUAGCGUGAGCAGGGAGUGUCUGAAGAGAGGAGAGCAAGGCGACGACACGCCGAGAACUGAGGAUGCUGAAGUACUUCAUGUGUAUCAACUUGGUGAGAUUGUGUUCAAUACUACGUUGGUUCGCUAAUGCUAUGCAAUGUGAUAGACAUAUGCGGCAGAGCGACGAUGUUAGUACCCUGGGUCCUCUUCCUAUGAGCUUCGCCGGCUAUCGGGGCUGCUGGAAAUUCAUGCAAUCCCGUAACUGGGGCAGCACAG